CUUUUGGACUGCUUUCCCCUACGUAGACAGUGUCUGAAGUGGCGGUUAUUUGUCUAAUCAUAUACUCAGUUGAUGUUUUGCAUUGCGCGGUAAUAGUUCGCCGGUCGUGCUUCUUCUGGACUUGUUUCAACAAACGGUGGUCACGCUUCAAGUGAUAUUUAUAUGCAACUCCGUUGUGGCGCUCGUGGAGUCACCAAUUUGGUUGAUUAAAUGUGUAUGACAAGGCAAUUUGUCGUAGUUUUGGGAUUCCUUAUCACACUAUGGGCUUCGGUAGCAAGUGAAAAGCCACCGCCGAACAUCGUCUUCAUCCUAGCGGACGAUCUCGGGUGGAAUGACGUCGGAUUUCAUGGAUCCUCUCAGAUUCCCACUCCGAACCUGGACGCACUUGCCUACUCGGGAGUGAUCCUGAACCGGUACUACGUGUCGCCAAUCUGUACGCCUUCGCGAUCUGCUCUGAUGACGGGAAAGUAUCCGAUACACACCGGAAUGCAGCAUGGCGUCCUGUACGGCAUGGAGCCCCGUGGGCUUCCGCUUACUGAAAAACUUUUGCCGCAAUACUUGAAGGAGCUUGGCUACAUGAACCACAUUUACGGCAAAUGGCAUCUGGGAUCUUACACACGUAGGUACACUCCCUUGGAGCGUGGUUUCGACUCGCACGUUGGCUUCUGGACCGGCCAUCACCAUAUGUUUGACCACACGGCCGUCGAAAAGGGAACGUGGGGUUUGGACAUGCGACGAGGUUUCGACGUUGCUUACGACCUUCACGGGAAGUACACAACCCACGUCGUACGGGAUGAGUCAGUUGCAGCCAUUCGGAACCACAACACUUCUUCGCCGAUGUUCCUGUAUGUGUCCCAUGCGGCAGUUCACUCGGCUAAUCCGUACGAUUUCCUACCAGCACCGGACGAGACGGUUGAAAGUAUGUCCGGGAUAACCAAUUUUCAAAGGAGGAAGUUUGCUGCCAUGUUGACGGAACUGGACCAGUCGGUAGGGACAAUCAUCAUUGCUCUGAGUGAGCGGGGAAUGCUGGACAACUCGAUCAUUGUGUUCAGUACAGACAACGGAGGCCCAGCGCAUGGUUUCAACAACAAUGCUGCUUCGAAUUGGCCGCUCAGAGGAACGAAGAAUACCCUCUGGGAGGGAGGAGUCCGAGGUACUGGCUUCAUAUGGAGCCCUUUGAUCGAGGAAAGGCGCCGAGUUUCACACCAGAUAAUGCACAUCAGUGAUUGGCUGCCGACGCUACUGGAUGCUGCCGGCUAUGAUUUGGACAAUCUUCCCACGAACUUGGAUGGCAUAAGCGUUUGGAAGCAACUUCAAAAUGGAAAUCAAACGGGCCGCAACGAAAUUCUGCACAAUAUUGAUGACAUCUGGGGAAGUGCGGCUUUGACGGUGGAUAAUUGGAAAGUGGUUCAUGGGACCAAUUACGAAGGACAGUGGGAUGCUUGGUAUGGGCCAGCAGGAGAUCACGAUACCAAAUCGUACAACGUAACAGCGAUCUUCGAUUGUCCGACUGGAAAAGCGCUGAAUAAGCUUAGGAUGCUUCCACCGGAAGAGGAAAUUCUACAUCUCAGACGGGAGGCAACUGUUUAUUGUACGAAUGGGACCAAGAAGAAAUGUGAUCCGUUGGAAGCACCCUGUCUCUUCGAUCUAGACAAUGAUCCGUGCGAGUUUGACAACUUGGCAGAUGAAUAUCCGGACAUUCUGGGAGACAUACUGGUAAAGUUGGGCGAGUAUAAUGCAUCAGCGGUGCCUCCUGGGAAUAUGCCGUUGGAUCCCAUGGGUGAUCCUCGCUUCUGGGGAUAUACGUGGCAUAAUUUUGGAGAUGAGCUGCCAAUGAAUGAGCUUGAUGAUGUUACUGAAAGUGCAAACAAUGAAAUGACUUAA